UUCGCAGCGAGCGGUGAAAUAUAUAUAUAUAUAAAUAAAUAUAUAUAGAUACAGAUAUCGAGAGUGAAACGCAAACGCAGUGACAAUUAUUUAUCAAAAUAUAAAACAAAGCGCACAAAGCAAUUACCGAUCGAGCAAUCAAUUCAAGUUUGUCGCAGUGUUUUUUUUUUUUUAGUUAUUAUUAUUAUUGUUAUAAUUUUUUUUGCUGAGAUGAAAGAGAGCAACAGCAGUCAUGGUAAUCGUGUGUGAGACAAAGGAAAGUGGCAGGCCGUCGCGUUCAGUUUGAAGCCGCCACACCACGAAAAUCCGCAAAAUAAAAAAUAAUAUCAAAAUAUAAAUAAAUAAAUAAAGAUUAAGCAAGUCUGUACAAAAACCACAAGGCGGCAGCAGCGGCUACUGGGGAGCAGCAGCAACAAAAUAACACAACAAAAACCAGAGUUCUGUUCAUAUUUCUGUCAAAAUAUGGGCCAGGAGAUAUCGCAACAGCAAAAUCAGCAACAGCAACAACCACACCAGCAGCACCAACAGCAAUCACCCCACAAACGACAGCCACAGCAGCGGAAAAGCUUCAGCGGCAUCAGCACUAACAAUACCGGCAAUCAUCAGGCUAUUUACACACCCAGCAGUCACCUGUCCACUUCCAGCAGCUCCACCAGCUUCUCCUCCUCAGCCACCAGCAAGAAUAACAAUAAUAACAAUAGCAACAAUAAUAGUAAUAAUAAUAAUAACAACAAUAAUAUAAAUAGCAAUCAAAACUACCGACUCCGUCACAAGUACAAUUUGAGUAAACAAACCUACGAGCGGAGCAAGAUCCCCAUACCGGCCAGCCAAUCGGACUCGGACUCCCACUACGCCAAGUUGAAUCUGUUGAGGAGCAGCUCCCAGAGCUCGGAUAGUGGUAUAUACAACUCAUCCUGCCACUGCAGCUCCGUCUCCUCGCUGUCCAUUUCGAGUAGCAGUCGGAGCAGCAGCAGCACCUCCUCCUCAAGUCGCGGCUGUCCCAGCUCCUUGGUCUCGAGCAAGUCGAGCAAUCGAUCGCUGGACAAGCAGAAGCACUAUCUGCACCAUCACCUGUACAUCAAGUCGUAUCUGGACAUCUUGGAGGAGGACGAGCGGGCAAGGGCACAUUUCAAGUCCGCCCGACCCGGUGGCAUUCGCAACUAUACACCCAAGAUACUAGCCAGCGGCGGUGACUCCACCAUAUCCACCUGCAGCUCCACAGCGGGCGGACUCUCAUCCAGUGCCCCGGCCCAUUGUUACGGAGCGUCGGGAAAGCGCCCAUCAUCGGGAGUAUCUGUAUCUGGAGCUCCGGGAGCAGGUGGAUUCGGAGCUGGAGCGAGCAAGCAUUCGUCAGAGGAUCCCGUCGAUCCCGAGAACAAGGUCCAGGAGCCAACCGUCAUACGUCGUCAGUAUGACUUCGUGGUGAUUGGUGGCGGCUCCGCGGGCGCUGUGGUGGCCAAUCGCCUUAGCGAGAUCCGUAACUGGACCGUCCUGCUCCUGGAGGCUGGCGGCGACGAAACUGAGAUCUCCGAUGUCCCAGCCCUGGCAGGCUACCUGCAGCUAACGGAGCUGGACUGGAAGUACCAGACGACACCCUCGUCCACGCGUCAAUACUGUCAGGCAAUGAAGGGCGACCGUUGCUUCUGGCCAAGGGGCAAGGUCCUCGGUGGCAGCUCCGUUCUCAAUGCCAUGGUCUAUGUGCGCGGCUCCAAGAAUGACUACAACCACUGGGCAUCGUUGGGUAAUCCCGGCUGGGACUAUGACAAUAUGCUCAAGUACUUUCUCAAAUCGGAGGAUGUACGGAAUCCCUAUUUGGCCAAGACUCCCUACCACGAAACCGGCGGCUAUUUAACCGUCCAGGAGGCACCAUGGCGGACGCCCCUCUCCAUUGCCUUCCUCCAGGCCGGCAUGGAGAUGGGCUACGAGAAUCGGGACAUUAAUGGGGCCCAGCAGACGGGCUUUAUGCUCACCCAAAGUACGAUACGGAGGGGCGCCCGAUGUUCCACGGGCAAGGCCUUCAUACGUCCAGUAAGAGCGCGCCAGAACCUAGACGUUCUGCUUCAUGCGGAGGCCACCCGCAUCCUCUUCGACAAGCAGAAGCGAGCCAUCGGUGUGGAGUAUCAGCGCGGUGGCCGAAAGCAGCUGGUCUUUGUCCGACGGGAGGUGAUCGCCAGUGCCGGAGCUUUGAAUACACCCAAGCUACUGAUGCUGUCGGGUGUGGGACCGGCGGAGCAUCUACAGGAGCAUAACAUACCGGUGAUAUCGGAUCUACCGGUGGGUAAUAAUAUGCAGGAUCAUGUGGGACUCGGUGGCCUUACCUUUGUGGUGGAUGCACCGCUGACUGUGACCCGGAGUCGCUUCCAGACAAUACCCGUUUCCAUGGAGUAUAUACUGCGUGAACGUGGUCCCAUGACCUUCUCGGGCGUGGAGGGUGUGGCCUUCCUCAAUACCAAAUACCAAGAUCCCUCUGUCGAUUGGCCCGACGUUCAAUUCCACUUCUGUCCCAGUUCCAUUAACUCGGAUGGCGGUGAGCAGAUCCGCAAGAUAUUGAAUCUACGGGAUGGUUUCUACAACACCGUGUAUAAGCCACUGCAGCACAGCGAGACCUGGUCCAUAUUGCCACUCCUACUCCGUCCCAAAAGCACCGGGUGGGUGCGUUUGAACUCAAGGAAUCCACAACAGCCACCGAAGAUUAUACCGAACUACUUUGCCCACCAGGAGGACAUUGAUGUGUUGGUGGAGGGCAUAAAGCUGGCCAUUAAUGUAUCGAAUACCCAAGCCUUUCAGCGUUUUGGAUCUCGACUGCACAACAUCCCGCUGCCAGGAUGCAGGCAUUUACCCUUCCAGUCGGAUGAGUAUUGGGCCUGUUGCAUCAAGGAGUUCACCUUUACCAUAUACCAUCCGGCGGGCACUUGCCGGAUGGGUCCCAGUUGGGAUGUUACCGCCGUUGUGGAUCCCCGGCUAAGGGUCUAUGGGGUCUCAGGUGUCCGGGUGGUGGAUGCCAGCAUAAUGCCAACGAUUGUCAAUGGGAAUCCUAAUGCCCCGGUGAUUGCCAUCGGGGAGAAGGCUUCGGAUCUGAUCAAGGAGGAUUGGGGCGCUAGGAGGGGGCUAGGGUCCUAGUCGGUCCCCAAAAUGAAUAUGUAUAUGUUUCAACUAGUCAAAUUGUGUGGAUUAACUGAAUGUAAUAUUAUCGCUAUGAGUUCUUGUUUUGUUGUGUCCUCAAUUCCUCGUUUUGUUUUUGAUUCUAAAUUUAGGCUUAACUAUUGUUACUUUAACUGUUACUUUUACUCUUACUUUAUACACUUUUUUUUGUUAUGUUAUCAAGCAUUUUAUUAAAUAUUUAUGUACAACUU